AUGUCCGAAAAUAUUUUGUUAUGCUUAUUGUUUGUAAAUAUCGUAUUUUGUUAUGACUAUUUGGACCUGAAUCCUAAUGACCGUUCGAGGAAGGGAGGCUAUAAGACAGAUGAAAUGGAUGAUAGUGAAGUGGCUAACAUCGACGUUGCUGGUUUAAUUCAAACUGCUGAUGACGACGGGUUAAAUAAUAGAUUCGAAGUAGCCGAUGAUUCACGAGACUACCUAUCAAAUAAUAAUUUUGACUCACUAGUUGAGGCCAACUUAGAAGAGUAUCAAGGAAAUGAGGAUUACUCGAAUAAAGAUACACACGACGAUGGUUUAUUCGAUGAAAAACCUCAGAGUUACCGGAACGAUCGUUCACUAGCUACGAAUGAGAAGGAAAUUCAAAGAUAUGACAAUUUUAAUACCCAAAAUAACUACAAGAAUUUACAAAAGAAAUGCGUGUUUAAAAAUAUGAAAAUUCCUUUUUUUUCCCAUGAAAAACGGAAGACGACUCGGCCAAAGAACAAAAAAAGAAAAUUAUUCAACUUUGCAUCAAAAAAACUAAAGGGGAAGGCCAGUAAAGUUACUACGCCUUUGAGCUUGACGACACAGAGGUCUACAGAAAGCACUUUAUUUAAAUUGAAUAAAAGAUCUUAUUUAGAACGAGUAUGUCCUAUAUGUAGACGAAAAUUUAUAGCGAGACGGGUGAAGAGCUAUGAGCAAUCAACUAGUUUAAUUCACAAUAGCAGACAGUUUUAUAAUAGAAACCCAUAUAAUAUUGAACAUCAAGGUAAUUACAAUAAAAUAAGUAAGAGCGAAGACGAAGAGCCUGAACAAACAAUGAGAGAUCCAACAUUAUCGAGUGAACUUUCUCCGGAAGAUAAUUAUUUGAGAGAUUCGUGA